UUCUGUCUUCCCAGGGCAUCACGUGGAACGCGUUUCUCGCUCGUGGUUUAGUUACAUUCGACGUCGGUUAUGAAAUGAUCUGGAUCACAACAUCGCUUCCAUCAGCUGACGAUAUAUCACCUUGAGUGUAAUUCCGGCGUGAUUCUCGAUCGACCAAGAUACCAAGCGACAUCUGUCAGCUGCUGGCUGCGCUCCCACCACCGGUUGUGAGUCCAUCGUAACCACGUUCGAUUUAUGCGAACAGUGGCCGUCAUCUGUCGGAAGAUCCUCAAGAACCUAAUCCAGAUCUAACCGGGAUCGUCAGUAUUGGACCGAAACAACGCCCAAGGGAGCUAACUUCGUGGAAGUUAACAUCGUCGAAACGAACUUCGAGAAAGCUGACCGCAAAGGGCCACUUUGGAUCCUUCGUGAAAUCGGUGUGACCAUUUCUGAGUCUGGCUGUUGACCUCUAGUUUCCACUUGUUCAGAAGAUGAGAGUCUAUUUUCUGACUCUGCUGGCCCUGCUGGCCUGCUGUCACUUUGGCAACGGUCUUCGAAUAUUAGGCAUAUUCCCAUUGAACGGACGAAGUCACUUCGUGAUGGCUAGUAGACUGAUGGAAGAAUUGGCGGAACGUGGCCAUCAAGUGGACGUGGUCUCCCAUUUCCCCAGAAAGACACCAAUGCCGAAUUACAAGGAUCUAUCGAUCGCCGGCAGCCUGCCGCAGGUGGUGAACAACAUGGACGCGAAGAAUGUCAGCCAGUUCAACAAGAUGAACUUCGAGAAUAUAGUCCAAGUGGCUGGCAUAAGCCUUUGCAACCUGCUCAGCCACAAGACGCUACAGGAUCUUAUCAACAAUCCACCGAAGGACCCACCGUACGAUGUGAUUGUAGUCGAGGUAUUCCUAUCGCCGUGCUAUCUCGCGUUCGGCGAACAUCUAAAAGUCCCCGUGGUCGCGAUGAUGACCUCGUCAUUCUUCGACUGGCUGGAGGACGUGACGGGAAAUCCGCAUAAUCCUUCUUUCAUGCCGGGCUUAUUCAGCCCGUACGGCCAGCGAAUGACCUUCCGGGAGAGGCUGAUGAAUACCAUGUUGACGACGUACGUCACGAUGAAGAUAAACAGUCUCAUGCAGCCUAUGUCUGAGACCGUUAAGGAACACUUCGGGACCGACAGCAGCAUCAACGAAAUAUACAAAACUAUGUCGACCGUGCUGGUCAACUCGCAUCACAGUCUGAACGGCAUACGACCUCAUACCACCUCGGUCUUCGAGGUCGGCGGUCUCCACAUCAAUGACAAAACGACCGAAUCCCUUUCACCGGAAGUGAAGAAAUGGCUGGACGAAAGCACGCACGGUUGCAUAUAUUUUACGUUCGGAUCGAUGGUGAGGAUUGAAUCAUUUCCGAAAGAAACCCUGGACGUGUUUUACACGGUUUUCGAACGAAUCGCGCCGGUUCGAGUGCUGAUGAAGGUCGCGAAAAAAGAAGAUCUGCCCCCGGGACUGCCGAAGAACGUCAUGAUUCAAUCUUGGUUCUCUCAAGUGGCUGUUUUUAAACACAAAAACGUGAAAGCAUUCAUCUCUCACGGCGGUCUAAUGAGUCUCCAAGAAGCGACCUACUACGGAAUCCCGAUAAUCGGUAUCCCUAUGUUCGGUGAUCAGCACAACAAUAUGAGGAACGCCGACAGCUUACACAUAGCUGUGAAUCUCGUAUCCAUGCAGAACGUCACAGUGGAAACGCUGUCGUACGCGAUCGACAAGGUCCUCCACGACGAAACGUAUCGAACUAGCAUGAAGAAAACCUCAGAGCUGUUCAAGGACAGACCGAUAAAACCUAUAGACCUGGCGGUUUACGUGGUCGAGUACACCGCGAGGCACGGAAAUGUCCUCCAGUCGCCCGUCAUCGAACUGAACUGGUGGCAGAGGAAUCUACUAGAUGUUUACGGGUUCCUGUUAGCCUGCGUGGUCUCUGUUCUCGCCGUUCUUGUUCUCGUUCUUCGGAAGCUAACGAAACUUGUGUUCGGCUGUAACUCAUGCACAAGGAAGAAGAAGACUAAGGCCUCCGAGUCGAAGAAACAGAAAUGAAGUUGAGCCUCCAUGUGCGCGCAAGUGUAUGGUCUGGGGGACCGGGUUUGGGAGCAAUUUUAGUGAAAUAUGACCAACAAACAAGGAUUUUGUCUCGAAAGGGAAGUACACGAUCCAAUCAGACAUAUUUUUCUUCGAUAUUCGCUGAUGGCACAACGUAAUAUUAUAAUUAGACCGCGGAUUUUUGGACAAAUUUGACAUUUAAUAAAGUUAUUCGUAAGUAUACUG